AUAGAAGACGAUGAUCAGCUACGAAGGAUUCUGGUUCCCACAAUUAAUUUUGAAGCAUGUAAAGCGGUGUAUAAACCAAGAGAACAUGUUAGUUCUCGAAUGCUUUGUGCAGGCACUUCUGAAGGUGGAAUAGAUUCUUGUAAGGGUGACAGCGGUGGUCCUCUCGUCCACGACGGCAAACUGGCUGGUAUAGUCUCCUUUGGUAAAGGAUGUGCCAGGAAAAAAUACCCUGGAGUGUACACCAAAGUAUCAGCCUUGAGGAAAUGGAUUGAUGAGGAGGUCCGCAAGAAAAAACUGCACAAGGAGUGGGAAAAGGAUUUCGAGUGA